UACACUCUGUCUCUCUCGCUCAUUCAGCGCAUGGCUCACUCUCUCUACGCUCAACACACGCUGAUCCUCGCCUCCUCACUGCAUCUGUCCUCCCUGAAGUGAGGUACCAUGCAUCCUGCUCCCUCCUCCUCCUCCUCCUCCUCUCCGCUUGUCUGUUGCCAUUCAAGGGGACCGUAAAGCCUGUGUUACUGGCUCAAAGGACUUUGGAGACGGGACAAGGUUGUUUUGCCGGGUCCGAGGACAGCUGCUGGACACGCUGCAGUUGUUUCCGCUUUCUGUUGGGAUGCGGAUCUUCCCUGGGCAUCUGCUUGCUGAGUAACAACGCUUGAUUCCUCUGAAAGUUGCUGAAGGGCACGUCAAUCAAGAACCUCGUCCUUGUUUCUCAGGGAACGGUGAAGACUCGAUUCAGUGGAGUCAGACCGGCACAGGAUCCCCAUCUCAACCCUUCACACACUGACCAGGACUGCACUGCUGCUAUGAGCAAUCUUGAAACAACAUCAGCGUGAGAGUCUUCUCCUUAAAGAAACUGAACAAUCUCAUGCUUCUGGUAUUUCUGCCUGUCCAGUUGAGAUUCAGCAGCACUAAGCAGAAGUGGCUUGGAUUACCGGCUUUCGAUUUAACAUAAGAACAACAAGGACUUUAUCUAGGUUCCACAGACGGAAUAAAAAUACUGUUUAGUACUUUGAGGACAGCUCUCGUGGCCUUAGCUAACAACCAUGCAGGUAUCCUUUGCAUGCACGGACCACGGGCUGAAGGCCCCGCGAAACGGCGAGCACAGCAAGCAGAACGCCACCAGCCCCAACACAGCCAGCAAGGCCCGCGCCCGCUUCCGCACCGUGGCCCUGAUCGCCCGCAGCCUGAGCACCUUCACCCACCGCUACCACCAUAACCUCAAGGAGUCCACCGCCAAGCUCACAGGCAUGAAGUACCGGAACCUGGGGAAAUCUGGGUUGCGUGUCUCCUGUCUGGGGCUGGGCACAUGGGUAACAUUUGGAGGUCAGAUCUCUGAUGAGGUGGCAGAACAGCUGAUGACUAUCGCCUAUGAGAGCGGGGUCAACCUGUUUGACACAGCUGAAGUCUACUCCGGUGGGAAAGCAGAGAUAAUCCUUGGAAACAUCAUCAAGAAAAAAUGCUGGAGGAGAUCCAGCCUGGUUAUCACAACGAAGCUCUACUGGGGAGGAAAAGCAGAGACAGAAAGAGGCCUCAACAGAAAGCACAUCAUUGAAGGUUUAAAGGGCUCCCUCCAGAGGAUGCAACUUGACUAUGUGGAUGUGGUUUUCGCCAACCGGCCAGACAGCAACACUCCCAUGGAGGAGAUAGUGAGAGCAAUGACACAUGUGAUCAACCAGGGGAUGUCCAUGUACUGGGGGACGUCACGGUGGUCCGCCAUGGAGAUUAUGGAAGCAUACUCUGUGGCUAGGCAGUUCAAUCUAAUUCCACCAGUGUGUGAGCAGGCAGAGUAUCACUUCUUCCAGAGGGACAAGGUGGAAACUCAGUUGCCAGAGCUCUACCAUAAGAUAGGUGUGGGUGUAGUGUCCUGGUCACCUUUGGCCUGUGGUAUCAUCACUGGGAAGUACGAGAAUGGUGUCCCGGAAACCUCCAGGGCCUCAAUGAAGCCAUAUCAGUGGUUGAAGGAGAAAGUAACGAGUGAGGACGGGAGAAAACAACAAGCCAAGCUAAAGGAACUGACUCCUAUCGCGGAGAAGCUCAGCUGUACUUUGCCACAGCUUGCCAUAGCCUGGUGCCUGAGGAACGAGGGAGUGAGCUCAGUGCUGCUGGGAUCCUCCAAUCCAACCCAGCUAACAGAGAACCUGGGAGCCAUUCUGGUCAUUCCAAAGAUGACACCAGGCAUUGCCACAGAAGUUGAUCAUAUACUGGGAAAUCGCCCUCACAGUAAAAAGGACUACCACCAUUAAAAUGGACCCUGUUUCAGUGAACUAUGCUCCUAAAAACGUAUCAAAGCUAUCAGCCAUGGCACUAAGUGCGUGCCCGACUUUGCUUGUGUGCGCGUUUGAAUGUGUAAAGUGUUCUGCUUGGCUCCCUGUCUCUAAGAAGAUCAGCCAGUAUCAUUAUUGUAAAGUGAGCUACCUGACAUAACAUGCAUGCUACAUCUAUAGCAGUUGGCCCCUGGACUAGACAACAUUUACAAAAUCCUGCAACAUGAUUUCUGAAGCGAAUGCCACAUCCGCUCUAACAAGCUGCUAGAACCACAUUUAAAAUAGCAUAAAACUAGAUUAUGGAAAAUAGAUGACUGCAACAAGCAUGUGCCAGUUACCAGCAAUCAUAAUUUUCUGAAUAAAGGGUGCCAUUGCAUUUAGAAAAGAAGACUUAUAGGUACCUAUUGUACACAAAACACAUAAGCUCAUGGCGGUGCAGUAUCAUAAAAAGGAUAAGGUGUUUCGAAAUGUACCCAAAUCUACCUUACUAGAUGUUUGUGAUGUAACGAAAAAAAUCAAUAAUGAAGUGUAAUUGGGCCUGUUAUCGGGCAACUGGAUGAUAUGCAUACACUUCAAACGCAGUUUGAGCUGUUCUUAUAGCAUUUUGAAUUAUGAGAGUAGGCUACUGGAUUAACUAAAGUUCUGCUCACAAUGUUGUUGCUGAUACAAAGAGAGCUAAAUUUAACUAAAAUAUGUAUCAAAACAUCUGUACUGACUCUUAAACAUCUGUACUGACUCUUAAACAUCUGUACUGACUGUUAAAUAUAUUUUCCUAACUCAGCAGCUGUGUCAGAAUAACCUUUUCAUCUCCUUGCGAUGUAUUUUGUUUUUGUUUUCAGUGAUGCAAAAGUACAGCAAAGUGUACUCCAACUCAUUUUAAUUUGAACUAUGCCGGACUUUCUGUAAGUGAGGAUAUUGUCGGAUUCAUUUAAUGUCAGUGUUUGUUGUGGAUACAACUUUUGCCAAGGGGAAGUUGGGUAGAGAUGAUCUUCCUGAGGGGCAGAUGGUGAAUUUAGCAAACAAAGCCAUGGAGCUGAUGAAGAGACUCAAAAACAUAUGGACCCCUGGAGUCAUUGCACCUGGAUCUCUUACCCAAUUUCUAGAUGCCAGUUUUACAUAAUGAAUUGUUCUUUGUUAUGUCAAACGUGUAUUUUGGUGUCCUUCAUAAGAUUUGUACAUACAUAUCAAGAGCGUAUAAUUCUCAUGUAAUAGGUUUUAGAAGAUAUAGUAAUUUUCUAUUAAUGUUAUGGAUGCCUUCUAACUUUCGCCCCUAACACAUUUAAAUAACAAAGCUAGUCGUAGACUUCUUGUUUGCUGAGUUACAUUGUAAACCGCAGUAAAAAAGAAAAUAAAAAUAAACUUGAACAACUCUACCGUAGUUACUGCUGUUUGGCGUUGGGGUUCGUCUGUGUCUUCCUGUUUUAUAAUAAAAUAAUGUGUAAAAUAUG